CGCGCUCUCUCGCGCACACACACACAAACGGAGAGAGGCGCGGCAAGGACCGGCGGACCCCGUCCCACACCGGCUACUCCGAUCGCGACAGUCGAAGAUGGAGUCGCCGGAGGCGUGCUCUUCCGGGGAGGCGUCCCCUGCCUCGCCGCCUCCGCUGGCGGCGGCGGCGGCGGAGCGCCCGUCCGAGGCGGCGGCGCUGCGGGCGCUCGUCGACCGGGUGCGCGCCGGGGAGGUGGACGCCGCCCGCGAGGUGCGCCGCCUCACCAGGGCGUCCGCGAGGCACCGGCGCAAGCUCGCCGCGGCCGUCGACCCGCUCGUCGCCAUGCUCCGCUCCCCCGCGCCCGAGGCUGGGGAGGCCGCGCUGCUCGCGCUGCUCAACCUCGCCGUCAGGGACGAGAGAAAUAAAACCAAGAUAGUGGAUGCUGGCGCACUUGAGCCCCUGCUUGGCUACUUGCAAUCAAGUGAUCCAAAUUUGCAGGAGUAUGCGACUGCUGCUCUCGUUACACUUUCAGCCUCAUCCACCACUAAGCCUAUCAUAAGUGCUUCAGGAGUAAUUCCUCUACUCGUGGAAGUCCUCAAAGAAGGGAAUCAUCAAGGCAAGAAUGAUGCCGUGAUGGCUCUGUACAACCUCUCCACAAUCACAGACAACCUUCAAGCUAUCCUUUCUGUUCAGCCGAUUCCCCCUUUAAUAAAGCUACUAAAGGGUAGCAAGAAGUCCUCCAAAACAGCAGACAAAUGCUGUGCUCUUCUCGAGUCACUGCUUGCUUUUAAUCAAUGUCCGCUGGCCUUGACAUCUGAGGAAGGCGGAGUGCUCGCCAUCGUAGAGGUACUUGAGGAAGGCUCCCUUCAGGGCAGAGAACAUGCCGUGGGAGCGCUCCUGACGAUGUGCGAGAGUGACCGCAGCAAGUACAGAGACCUCAUUCUGAAUGAAGGGGCGAUUCCUGGCCUUCUCGAGCUCACAGUCCAUGGCACACCCAAGUCCCGAAUGAAGGCUCAUGUUCUUCUCGACCUGUUGCGGGAUUCACCGUACUCGAGACCAAAGCUGCAGGCAGACACGCUCGAGAACAUCGUGACCAACAUUGCGUCCCAAAUAGAUGGCGAAGACCGUGGCGGCAAGGCGAAGAAGAUGCUUGCCGAGAUGGUGAAGGUCAGCAUGGAGCAGAGCCUGAGGCAUUUGCAGCGUCGGGCUUCCUUCGCCUGAAACACCUGCCUCAGGUGACAGCCCCCUCUCAUUUUGCAAUGGAAAUAGAAGAUAGAUCAAAAUAAUGAGAUUCCUGGUGAUGCCGGUCCAGGCCUUGACAAGGACCGAGUGACCGGUCUAAGCCCUCAUACACUCAAGCUGUUGACGUAGAGAUCCAUUUUCCCUUUCACAUGCCAAUCUUGUGUCUCGUACUCUCGUUGUGAAGAAAAGAGGCUUGCUUUGUCUUCUCGUUGUAAGUUUUCCCUUCCCAAGGUUUUGUGCAUGGAAUGGACUGUAUAUAAUAAAGCAAAGGAUCCCAUUCCUCAUGUCUGAAAAAA